UAAUGCGCAUGUCCAGUUCGAGAAACUGCCGUCAAGCAGUUCACGAGUGAAUUAAUUCCAUUUCUGAAACUAAUAAAAUUAAUUUAACUGCGAAUUGAAGAUAACAAAAAGCAGUUUAUGAUCGUUCAUCCACCGGUGAUCAUGUCCAGUGAAGAAGAGCUGUUGUCGGUGGAUUAUGAGGUGUACGGACGAGUGCAGGGGGUUUUCUUUCGCAAAUACACACAGACUGAAGGGAAGAGGCUGGGUCUAGUUGGCUGGGUUCAGAACACUGAUGCCGGGACGGUUCAAGGGCAGCUCCAGGGUCCCGUCUCUAAAGUCCAGCAGAUGCAGCAAUGGCUCCAAACCACCGGCAGCCCAAAGUCCCGCAUCGCCAAAGCAGAGUUCCAGAAUGAACACCCCAUCCACGACCUGGAGUUUAAGGAUUUCAAAGUUGUCCGCUAAUCAAAGAGCAGAGCAGUUAGUAUUUAUUAACAUAGGUAAAGUAUAUACUAUUUAUUUUAGCAUUUAAUUUAAUAAAAUAACUUCAUGAUUACCUGUUCAUGAUAAUUAUGAGGUAAAGUUUGUAGCACAGGACUCCAGAAUAAAUGCCUUUAUUGACGAUAUACCAUCUGCUUCAAGACUUCUGUACAGGAAAACACACUCUUCCUGCUAAUAUAAUACACACUCCUGUGUCUUCAGCGUCUUUGGUCUGCUUUAUUUUUGCUUUUUAUUGAGAGUCUUUUUCUCAGUGGUUAGCACUGUCGCCUCCCAGCAAGAAGGCCGCUGGUUCGAGCCCUUGCUGGGUCAGUUGGCAUUUCUGUGUGGGGUUUGCAUGUUCUCCCCAUGUUGGCGUGGGUUUCCUCCAGGUGCUCUGGUUUCCACCAGUCCAAACACAUGCGCUAUAGGUCAACUAAAUAAACUAAAUUAGCCCAUACAUUAGUGAAUGACAGAGUGUAUGGGUGUUUCUCAGUGCUGGGUUGCAGCUGGAAGGGCAUCUGCUGUUUAAGUCAUAUGCUAGAAUAGUUGGCGGUUCAUUCCACUGUGGUGACCCCUGAUAAAUAAAAUGACUAAGCCGAAGUAAAAUGAAUGAAUGAGCAGAGGUACACGGAAAACCCUAAAUGUUAUUUCUAUCUACAAAAAGGAAAGCGUACAGAGCUUGAAACGUGAAUCUGUAGUGUCAAAGCUUUCGAGAAAAUAUAUUACUCAGGAUACUUCAGUCAUAUUGUUAUGUUUAACAGUAGUUUGUGAUGGUUAAGACGAUAGUUCACCCAAAAAUGAAGAUUCUGUCUUUAUUUACUCACCCUUGACUUGUCUCAAACCUGUUGAACACAAAAUAAUUUGUUUUAUUGUGUUGUAAACCUGUUAGCAUCGACGUCCAUGGCAUUUGUGUUUCCUACUAUGGAAGUCAAUGGUUACAGGUUAUCAGCUUUCUUCAUAAAACCUUCAUAAAGAAACUCAAAAAGGUUUUAACCCACUUAAAGGUGAUUAAAUACACUAAAACAGGGGUGUCCAAACUACGGCCUGCGGGUCAUCUGCGGACCGCAAUCAGUUUUGUGGCGGCCCACGAGGCUUUAUAUAAAUAUUAAUAGAAUCUGGGCCGCUAUACAAUAAUGAACGUAAUUCAAUAACCACCGGGUGUCGCUUUAAUUAGGCAGCAGUUCCUGUUAUGAAGUAAAACAAACCGAACAAACUGAAGGAAACCUAAUUGAUAAUCACGUUUUGGCGAGCCAUGGCACAACCAAGAAAAAGGAAAAUCAACAGUGAGUGCAGGAAAUUUCAGUCACGUUGGGGCAAAGAAUAUUUCUAGGUCAGCGAAAUAUGUGUCUGUUUAAUAUGCCAGGAAUCAGUUGCAGUAAUAAAGGAAUAUAAUAUUAAAAGACAUUAUGAAAUAAAACAUCAGGCCUUCAGCUCUUACAGCUCUUACAAAAUUGGCCCGGGACAACAUUAUUUAUUUAUUUAUUUUGCAUCUGGCCCUCGGCCCGAAAAGUUUGGACACCCCUGCACUAAAAUAUCCGUAAAUGAUCAGUUUUCCGUAUUUUGUGAUUCAUAUUUUUUUAUUUCCCCUGUUUAUUUCUGCUUUUGAAUUGCAUUAUGGGACCUUGAUCUUUCUUCCAACAGGUUUUAACCUUAAAAAGGUUGAAAA